AUGAAUAACUCUGUGCAGAACCAAACUGUUGCGAACUGGAGAACGGAAUCAGUUAUAAUUUCUCUGGUCUUCUCGCUCAUCUUCUUCGUCGGUACCUUGGGGAACGGAUUGGUCCUCACUGUCCUCCUCUGGAACGGACAGAUGAACACCAAAACAACAAACCUAUUUAUUCUGAACCUCGGCGUGGCAGACGUGUGCUUUAUAGUGUUCUGCGUACCUUUUCAAGCCACUAUCUACACUAUGGAUGAAUGGGUAUUUGGACCGGUCUUGUGCAAAGUCGUACACUUUAUCAUCUACCUUACCAUGUAUGCCAGCAUCUUUACGCUCACCGCUGUGUCGUUGGACAGGUAUCUGGCCAUCCGCUACCCUCUCCGUUCCAGGGAGAUGAGGACCCAUCGUAACGCCCUGACGUCCAUCUGUGUGGUGUGGGGUUUGUCCCUGGUCUUCUCUGGCCCGUACCUGAGCUACUACCGACAGAUGGACCUGGACGGCACCGUGGUUUGCAUCCCCGCCUGGCAGUUCCAGGACAGGCGCCUUAUGGACGUCUGCACCUUCUUCUUCGGCUACCUCAUCCCUGUCCUCAUCCUCAGCCUGACCUACGCCAGAACCAUCCGCUACCUGUGGACCACAGUGGACCCCAUGAAGGACAUGUCUGAGUCCAGGAGAGCAAAGAGGAAAGUCACCAAGAUGAUUAUUAUCGUAGCGGUGCUCUUCUGCCUCUGCUGGCUUCCCCAUCACCUGGUUAUACUGUGUAUGUGGUUUGGUCACUUUCCGCUAAACCACACCACCUAUAUACUCCGUAUUCUCUCUCACCUGGUGGCCUAUGCUAACUCCUGCCUCAACCCUAUAGUGUAUGCCUUGGUGUCCAAACACUUCCGGAAGGGAUUCUGGAAGGUGUUUGACUGUGUGUUGAGUAAGAGGGUGGUGAACCAGGUGCAUGUGUUUCAGGCUGCGCAUGUGGUCAGCACGGUGGAGGUGGGGUCUAGUGAGACGUCCAAUCAGAGCCUGGGGUCACAGCGUGGAGAUAGUGUCGGACUGACCACAUCUGGGGCCCUGGGCAAGAAGAAUUUGGAGGCCCCGCUCAUGGCAGUGGAGAGAUUUUCUUUUUAA